AGUAGUCCAGACACUCAGUCUGAUUUUCCUCCAUUAAUGGAGAGUGCGAAUUCAUAAUUUCUCCCAUCCAAAGAUAGAAAAAGCUUUCUACUUCUUCUACUUCUGGCGCCAUUUGCAGAGUCUUUCUGGUUCAAACUUGAACUAUUCACCUUUCAGGCUUCCGAUACUGGAAACUCCAACAACGUCUUUAUACCUUCUUUCAUUUUUUUACCUGCCUCGUCCAAACGCUUUUUGAUGGAAGAAAAAGAUGUCCAUGUUUUCGGGUCAACUGGGAACUCAGAUUCCGGGCAGCCCCUGCAACCCAUCGGAGCCUCCCUGUCUCAGGUAACGAACAUGGCGGUUAACAUGAACUUGCAGAAUAGUGGAGGGGCAACAGUUGGAGACGCAGCGACAAUGGCAUCGCCUGCAACUACCGGAGGAGGAGGGCAAGGGAGUUUCGAUUUGUUCGGGAAAAAGAAGCGAGGGAGGCCGAGAAAAUAUGAUUCAGAUGGGAAGCCGAGGCUGACGACAUCGUACCAGGGUGCACAAUCACAACAAGGCUUUUCUUUGUCCCCAACUUCACCUUCUGAAUUUUCCUCCAAAAGGGGUCGAGGAAGACCACCUGGCUCCGGGAACUGGAAGCUCCUCGCAUCUUUAGGUGAGUUGUUUGCAAACACAGCAGGUGGGGAUUUUACACCUCACGUCGUCACUGUUCAUACUGGAGAGGAUGUCGCCGGAAAAAUCCUGUCAUUUGCCCAGAAGGGUCCCAGAGGAGUUUGCGUUCUUUCUGCCAAUGGAGCUAUAUCUAAUGUCACUCUACGGCAGCCUGGUUCUUCCGGUGGCUUAUUAACAUACGAGGGUCGGUUCGAGAUUUUAUCUUUGUCAGGGUCAUUCACAGUGUCUGAUAAUGGGGGCAUAAGAAGUCGAACUGGUGGAUUGAGUGUCUCGCUGGCUGGCCCUGACGGUCGUGUCAUAGGCGGUGGUGUUGCUGGUUUAUUGACUGCUGCUAGCCCAAUCCAAAUUGUGAUGGGAAGCUUCUUGGCGGGGCAUGGUCACAAGGCGCAGAAAAGAAAGCAAAAUCGUGAGAACACUGUGGCAUCUCCAGUUUCUGGUGCAGACUCUGUGAUGGCAGCGAGACCUAUCUCACAGGCGAAUCCCGACGGUGGUGAAAACUGUUUCAUUCCCAUGGCCCAGCAGCAGCUUCCAGAACAAAGCCACAGAGAAUCAGACAACAUCACGAGCAGCGAUAAACAGAGUUUAGAUGCCACACCCAAUGCUUGUGAUUGGAAUGGAUUUGAGGAGUUAUCUGAUCAGGGGCCAACCCCAGACAUCAAUAUUUCUUUGCCUGGGGAAUAGAAGCUUAAUCAAGGAUAAAGUACGCUCUGUUCUUAUACAUCAGGUAAUGCGGAGGCUGACACGGUAACUAGAAUGAAACUAACACUGAAACUUUUGGGGUGACCGCCUGAUUAUCAUAUCGCGCAAUAGAGAUUUGAUUUAUAUAAGAGAUAUUUGCAGGAAUUAGGAAAGGAUUUGGACUUAAGUUUGUUUUUUAGUGGUAGAGUUGCUGUUGAACACUAUCAAUUUGAUUUCCGUUCGUUGGAGUGGGGUUAGGUAGGCGGAUGAUGCUGAGAGAUUGUAGACUGCUCGGAGCAGUUGUUAAUGCAGUGAUAUCACUGACUGGUACCUUUCACUUGUGCAGAAUCAUCCAUUCUUUUACUCCUUA